AUGCCUCCCGGCGACGUUCCCUUACCAGACAGCCUCGUGCCGGGCAACGGGGCUGUCCGUCCAACCCUGAACACCAGUGGAUUUGGUGGCAGCUAUCAGAAGCAAACUCCGACGUCCCCAGCUGAUAGCAAUGUUCCUUUCGACUCCCCGCGAACGUACUCGGCGCCGAGGUCCGCAUCGACGAACAGUCCCAUCGAUGGGUCUCUCAACCACGAUCACCGUAUCAGCCGACGAUAUGAGCCACACCCGGGGGCCUCCCGGGAUCCUUCGACCCCUCGCGACCAUGGGGGUUAUUGGGAACGAUCGGGUCCCCGAGAUCUGUCUCGUCCCAAUGGGCGGCCGCCGGCGGGCACCUCUCGGAUCUGCAAGAAGUGCGGCGAGCCCCUAACCGGUCAAUUUGUGCGAGCAUUGCUAGCCACAUACCACCUGGAGUGUUUCAAGUGCGAGGACUGCGGCCAAAUCGUGGCAUCCAAGUUUUUCCCGAUCGACGCGGAAGAUGGCAGUGGACAGUACCCGUUGUGCGAGAUUGAUUAUUUCCGCCGGCUCGAUCUACUCUGCCACGAAUGCGGCGGGGCCCUGCGCGGCUCGUAUAUCACCGCCCUCGACCGCAAGUAUCACAUUGAGCAUUUUACUUGUUCGGUCUGUCCCACGGUCUUUGGUGCACAGGAUUCCUACUAUGAACAUGAAGGCAAAGUCUACUGUCACUUCCACUACUCGACCCAGUUCGCUCAGCGAUGCCACGGCUGCCACACGGCAAUUCUAAAGCAGUUCGUGGAAAUCUUCCGUAAUGGCCAAAACCAACACUGGCACCCGGAGUGUUAUAUGAUCCACAAAUUCUGGAACGUUCGCCUAGCUCCGGCGGGACAGCCUCUCGAACCCCCACAGCUCGAUCUCGACGCAACCGACGAAGAGCGCAAUCGGGUCCGGGAGGAGGAGGACGUCAUGGAGGACAAGGUCUACAAGAUCUGGAGCAUCUUGUCUACCUUCGAGGAGUCUUCUGCGGCCUGCAUCUCGGACAUGCUCCUCCACGUGAGCAAUGGUACUUAUUUAGAUGGAGUCCUCGUCGCCAAGCGAUUCAUCGGGCAUGUGCAAGUGCUCUUCUCCGCUAUCGAUGAGCUCGCAGGAUACAUCAAAAGCCAAGGGAUGAAGGACCUCGCUUAUGGGCGCGAAGCGAAGCUGCUGUGCAAGAAGAUUGUUGCCUUCUUCGCGUUGCUGUCCAAGACGCAAGAGACUGGCGUCCGCAAGCUGGGCGUGACCCAGGAGCUCUUAUCGUUAGUGACCGGCUUGGCUCACUAUCUCAAACUUCUGAUCCGCAUUGGCCUCCAGGGUGCUCUCAAGCUAGAGAGAGAGAAGCGGUCGCCUACGGGUCUCCAUCACUUCCUGGACCACCUUGGAGAUAUAGAAGCUCUUCGGCCUCUCGAGGAGGAAACGACCGCUGAGGAUCUCAUGGCAGGCGUCGAGGUUCUUGCUGACCAACUAUCGGACUGCUGUGCGUCGUGCAAGGAACCCAUUGACGACGAAUGCGUCGUCUUGGGAGACAGGCGAUGGCACAUCAAACCGCCUCAUCUGGUUUGUGCUGGAUGUGAAAGGGAGCUAACCGCCACGCCUCAAGACGCCCUGUGGAGCACUAAGGAGAGGCGAGUUUUCUGCAAUAGCUGCACUGCACAGAAGGGCACGCUGAACGAGGCGCAGAGCGGGUUCAUUCGGGUCAGUAAACUUCAGCAAUUUGUGUUCCUGCUGAGAGUUGCUCUUGCUCGCCUUCUUGCCGUCUUGCGGGCGGGCGGGACGUUGCCUCUACCUGGGGACCCCGUUGUCAAGACCCAAGACGGUCAGCGAGUCGUGCCGGGUGGUGAGCUUAAGCGCUCAGCAACCAAGUCCAAGGGUCACUCCGCGGCGGGCAGAGAGGGCUCUGAAGAAUCUUCCCUCGAGCAAACUGUGGGUGAAAUGCGACGCUUGCGGUCGAUUCGGAACGAGCGCACCUUGUCCACCACCUACCGAAAAGCGCGGGCAUCGCGGAUUAUCGAUGGCCCUGAAGGGCGGAGUGUCCGCCCCGGCUCGUCCGGUGGUGAGGGCUCGGACCCGCGUGGCCCGGGCUUCCAGAUCGUCGAAGAACGGGAUGCCAACGGCGAGACCGUGACCGAGCUCGCAUUCGGCAACCAGGAUGCUCUAACCUUGGAUGACAUUCCGAGGAUCGUGGCCGCCGAACAGGCCAAGGAACAGCGCCCCAAUGCGUAUAAGCAUGCUGGCACCAAACUCGUUGGGACCACGGAAGCUCUUCCCAGGUACAAACAAGGCCACCAGCGUGGUGUGUCGGGGGCUGGUUUGGAACAAGUCCUCGAGAAAGCCAGUGGCAGAUCGAAGAGAUACUUCUCCGAGCUUUCGGCCCUAGAGUUCUUCAUUGUCCGACAUGUCGCGGUUUUAUCCAUGGAACCCUUACUAGACGGUGCCUUCUCAUUAGAGGAACUUCUUUCGCUGAUCGAAUCUCGCAAACCUACCAUCUGGAACAUCUUUGGACGCGCCUUCAAUAAGGAACCCAAGAAGGUGGGGAAGAAGAAGGGAGUAUUCGGUGUCGCCCUUGACUAUCUCGUCGAGAAGGAGGGCACUGAGUCCAGCCAUGGUGUUGGUCCCGGUGCAUUGCGUGUGCCUGCUCUGAUCGAUGACUCUGUGUCUGCCAUGCGGCAGAUGGAUAUGUCUGUGGAGGGUGUUUUCCGAAAGAACGGGAACAUCAGGCGCCUCAAAGACACAUCCGAAGCGAUCGACAAUCGGUACGAUCAAGUCGACCUGACCAAAGAGAAUCCCGUUCAGAUUGCCGCUCUCCUGAAGAAAUUCCUUCGUGAGAUGCCGGAUCCGCUCCUAACCUUCAAGCUCCAUCGCCUCUUUGUCGCCUCGCAGAAAAUCUCCGAUGCCGACAAACAGAAACGCGUUCUACACCUCACGUGCUGCUUGCUUCCUCGGGCCCACCGAGACACGAUGGAGGUCCUGUUUGCCUUCCUCAACUGGGCGUCAUCUUUCUCCCACGUUGACGAGGAGUCGGGUAGCAAGAUGGACAUUCACAACCUUGCGACAGUCAUGACACCGAACAUCCUCUAUCCCAAUACGAAGAACAGCACCGUGGACGAGAGUUUCCUCUCGAUCGAGGCGGUCAAUGCCCUCAUCACGUAUAAUGACACCAUGUGCGAGAUCCCCGAAGAUCUGCAGUCAGUUCUGAGCGACCCUAGCCUCUUCAAAGAAAACUCGGAGGUCACCACCAAAGAUAUCCUAAAGCGGUAUGGUGACAUCGCGCGAGGGAGCUUUUCCCCGAACCCCGCCAACGGCGGCGAAACUGUCACCAUCACGAACAGCAACAGCCGGGGAGCGAAUGCACCUACCUCGGCACGCAUCGAGGGCGAACCCUCCCAGGAUGCGGCGUGGCAAAUGCAGAGCUCCGUUCGCCAUGUGCAGGGUGCCGGUGGACACAACCAGCCUACUGGCGCUUCGCAGAAUGCGGGAGGAGAGCUUGUGGCUGGGCAGCCAAACAAUUAUCGCGAGCGUAGCACCAGCAGUGGCAGUCAGCAGAACCCCGUUCAAUCCGAUGGACAACAGAUACCAUACCGGGCCCGUCCGAGCGCAGGGCCGAUGGGAGUUGCUGGUUGA